UGAAAUUGAAGACCCAUUGCUCUCGUCGUCGUUGUUGAAAUCCGGCAGUCGGGCUUUGGGUCCGUAUCAGCAUCUCAUUAGCUCAUAGCUAUUCCAAAGCUUCUUCUUUAGUUUUCUCUUUUCAUCAGUAAGGUGAGCGGCGGCCGAAGGUGAAGGAAUUGUUAGUCAAAGCUUGCAAUUGGUUGUCGUUAAUCACAGAGGGCUGAGGAGAGUGCCGCGGCGGUGAAGAAUUUGUUUCGUCGAAGUUCACCAUCGCCUGAGGAUCUCUGAAAGAUGCAGACAUUGGGUGAUUUUAAGCUCCCCCAGUUUUUCAAUUAUCCACCGUACUUCACUUUGCAACCAGUAAGAGACACUCGAGACAAGCAGAUUCAGCUCUGGAAGGAACUUAUCCUUGACUACUGUAGAACCCAGAAGAUAUUUGUAAUUGGAUUAGAAGAAGAAUUCCCUCUGUUUGCAAAUCCUGCAAUUGAAAGAUCUCUAAGUCAUGAAGCGAGGGAGGCAUUUCUUUCGGCAUUGGUAUCAGAAGGUCGUGCCGAAUGGUUAGAUAAAGGACAUAAGAAAUGUCUUCUUCUCUGGCAUCGUAUUCAAGAUUGGGCAGAUAUUAUCUUAAAUUUUGUCAGAGAAAACGGCUUGGAGGAUGGUGUUACAACCAUCGAAGAGAUGAGGUCUGGGAUUGAAUCACGAGGAACAGAGCUUCACGGGAUUGAUCGAACAAUUCUGAUGCGAGCACUGAAGCUGUUGGAGAACAAAGGAAAACUAGCAAUCUUUAAGGGAACUUCGACUGAUGACGAAGGUGUUAAAUUCUCUGUCUAGCAUCUCAGUCUGUAGUUGUAAGUUUGAAGGGAUGUUGUUCUUGGUAGAUUGGUCUUGUUGGUGAUUCAGUACAAAGACCAUUGAUCAUGAAUAAUUUCAUUGAGUUGAUGAUUGUCAGUUUAAAGCUGAAAUCCACAAGUUCCAGAUCUUUCAUUAAUCUCAUUUACUUGUCAAAUGGAGUAGGUUGAUGUGC